AAUCUCUACCCAGCACAUAUCCGACGACCCUGCUCCGGAAAACAAGGACGAACCACAACUCUAUACCAACCACAUCAGCCAAGCUAUUACAAACUUCCUCACAGUUCUUCCUAAUCAUAGGUACCUGAUCGUUUCGCCUCGCUCUUCCCAUGCAUAUAUCAAACUGAUGCGUCGCGUCGCGUUCCACGUCGUGCCCACCGUUCAGGAUUUGUCUCGCGCGGCGUCGACGACCUCCGGUUGCGCGCGCCAAUGACGUCGUCCGGCAGCGCGCCCGCGGGGUCCGAUGGCGGCCAAUCGCGCAGGAAUCUCAUCAUCGGCGUCCUGUCCGUGUUCCUGCUCGUUGCCAUGGUCGUCGGCACGGUCGCGUUCUUCCUGACGGAGAAGGUCGAGGAGGACAUGGAUCUCAACAUGCGCACCAUGAGCACGACGACGCGCACCGUUGAUCUCUUCUGCGCGCCCACGGACUACCACGGCACGUGCCAGGAGACGCUGGACCGCGCGCUGUCGCGGUCGUCGGACCCGGCCGACCACCCGCACGCCGCCGCGGCCGCCGCGAUCACCGCCGUCGAGCGAGCGCUGGCACAAGGAUUCAACCGCUCGUCGCUGCUGGACGCCGUGCGGCAGAGCAACGACACUCGGGUGCAGGAGGCCGUGCACGACUGCCGGAUGCUCCUGGACGACUGCCGCAGCAACGUCGAGCGCGCUCUCUCCAGCAUCGCGUGGCGCGGCGUCGACGGGCCGGCUCAGGAUCUCCAGGCCUGGCUCAGCGCGGUGAUCACGUUCCAGGGCUCCUGCGUCGACAUGUUCCCCAAGGGGGACAUCCGCGACCAGGUGAAGAACACCAUGCAUAAGGCGCGAGAGAUAUCGAGCAACGCCAUCGCUAUCAUCCAGCAAGGCGCGGCCCUCGCCGCCAUGCUCGACCUCCACACCGACGAGGUCGACGGCGACAAGGGCAAGGGUAAUGACACCAACCGUCGUCUCGAGGAGUCCGUGUCCGUCCCCACGUGGGUGCCCAAGGAAGAACGGAAGCUGCUGGCCGGCAAGGGUGGAAAGAGCAAGGUCCGGCUCACGCCCAACGUGACGGUGGCCAAGGACGGCAGCGGCGACUUCACCAACAUCUCGGCAGCGCUGGCCUCCAUGCCGCAGACGUACGAGGGUAGGUACAUUAUCUACGUCAAGGAAGGCGUCUACGACGAGACGGUGAACAUCACCAACAGGAUGGCCAACGUGACCAUGUACGGCGACGGCUCCAGGAAGUCCAUCGUGACGGGCAGCAAGAACGUCCUCGACGGCAUAAGGAUGUGGAGAACCGCCACUUUUGCGGUGGACGGCGACAAGUUCACGGCGAUGAGGCUGGGCAUCCGGAACACGGCGGGAGCGGAGAAGCAGCAGGCAGUGGCGUUGCGCGUGAAGGCUGACAAGGCCGUCUUCUUCAACUGCCGGAUCGAGGGCCACCAGGACACGCUCUUCGCUCAGGCCUACCGCCAGUUCUACCGGAGCUGCGUCAUCUCCGGCACCGUCGACUUCAUCUUUGGUGACGCCGCGGCCGUCUUCCAGCGGUGCGUGGUGCUCGUGCGGCCGCCACUGCCAGGGCAGCCCGCCGUGGUCACCGCGCACGGCCGCCGCGACCACCAGCAGACCACCGGCUUCGUCGUGCACAAGAGCAGCAUCGUCGCCGACGAGCGCCUCUCCAGCAACAAGUCUGCGUCGGCGGCGACCAAGACGUACCUUGGCCGGCCGUGGAAGGAGUUCGCGAGGACGGUGGUGAUGGAGUCCGUCAUUGAGGGCUUCGUGCACGGGCAGGGGUACAUGCCGUGGGAGGGCCAGGACAGCCUCGGCACGGCCUUCUUCGGCGAGUUCGGCAACGCCGGCAACGGCGCCAACGUCACCGGGCGGACCGAGAUGAAGGGGUUCCACGUGAUGGGCAAGGACAAGGCGACGCAGUUCUCGGUGGGGCAUUUCUUGCACGGCGCGGAGUGGAUACCGGAGACCGGCACGCCGGUGAGUCUAGGGCUGUCAGGCUGAUACGGGUGUGUGCACUGCGUGCGUACACGGUGUGUCUCUGCAAGUGUACGUGAUCAGUAUGUACGAGCCUUCGUGGACGUACGUGUAUAUGCAUGCUU